AUGCCAGCAAUUCCAUUUGUUGCCUCCUUACUAGAGCACGUUCUCGUGCAUCGUGCUACUGCAUCGCCCCCUAACAUGACAGCAAGCUCCGCAUCUCUCGAGGUUGUUUGCGCUUGGCCAGUUUCCGGUCAAUAUGGCCCGGGGACCCGAGUCCUAUACUAUGUCUUGGUUAUGGCCUGUGUGUUCGCUCGCAAAGUAGAAUGGAUUCGAAACGCUUGUCUGGCCGCUGUGUUACUUUUCCCCGCUAUCGCGGCUCUUCACGGGAUUGUGCUUGCUGCGCUUCAUGUUGACGGCGCUGUCGAUAUGGAUGUUUACGGGGCGUUCCAGCUGUGCUCAAUCGGCAUUUUGACUGCCCCAGCGACCGUCAGACUGUCCAAAACCUACUUCAACAACCCCGGCCGUGACAUCAUAUUUCUGUGGACAGUCCUUCUCCUGGUUGGGCUAGUGAGCUUGAUUGUGGAAUUCAUGCGCCUCGAACCCAUUACUUGCCCGAGUGACGACCCGGCAAGCAUUCACUGGGCCUCGACAGGGGGCACAAAAGGUGGUGUGUUCAUAUAUGGCUCCAAUUGUAGCAUUACUUGUUCACCGGAAAGUGGGCCAGCCUCACCGUUGCGGUUACGCGCAGCUAACAAUAUCUACGUGGUUCCAGUGCCUCAUGAGCUGACAUUCAAUGCUACUACGCUUAUUGCGGCUGCAUGCUGCAUCCCCGGCAUCUUGUCGUUAGUAUCCAUGUGGAUUAAAAUCUUGGACGAGAAGUUCUUAAAUGGAAAGCACAAGCAGAAGCAAGAUGAAGUCAUCAAGGGAACCAACGGAGCUACCAUCAGCCACAUGACUGAGAUUACCCAAGUUAUAAAGAAAUGGUUAACUAUCAUCGGGCUUCCGUUGUUUGCUGCAGCCGUGCUGGCAAUUCUCGUCAAAGGCGAGAUGAACUUUUGGAGUUUUCAAAUGAGCUAUCAAACAGAGCCUAUACAAAGCAUUGGCCAAUGGGCGCCAAUUAUUGGUACUGCAUUCGCUGUAGUGGGCUCACUGUAUCUCAUUCUGUCCGCGGAUAUGGACGCCGCGAUUAUUGAGGAUGGACAGCAAGAAGAGGCUACCGUGGGAAGAUGCACACAUUGCGACUGUGCUGUUUCAGACACCGGAAGCAGUUCCCGACGAGGCUCUAGAACAACUGUCGAGAGACUGGAUGGCAAUAAUGAAAUGCCACCAAUACGACGUCCUACCACCAAUAUCCAGCCCGAUCUGGGAAGACGAAAGGUUGCUCGCUUCUUUAAUAAAACAGGUACCCUUAUCGCCAACAAAGCCCAAAAGCAAAUCGAGAACGGGGGAUUUCGCGCGAAAACAACUUACCCCCUAACCCCAGGAGAAGAAUAUAAAAACUCAAAACUCCAAGAUCAGAUGGCCCAUUUCCAAAGGUCAUCUACACCCGAUCACCGAUCAAAAGCUGGAAGUUUCAUAAGCAACACGGGCUCCGUGGAUAAUGGCGAAGGCAGCUCGAGGUCCUGGAGUCAGACACGGCAUUCCGUGCCUACUCCAGCUGUCUUGCGGCCAACACCCGGUAAAGCUCACUCAAAUUCGCUCCCAGGUGAGGUACUUAGGACAUCAACCUUGCAGUGCUCUCCUGCGCUCGCGUCUGGGGGGUGGCAACAAUUGCGUCCGUUCGGUACAACUCCAAUCUCGCGAAGUAGAGCACCAUCGACUUCCGAGAUCAGUUCCACAGCUUCAUCACCGGGACCUCAGAUUCCACCAAAGAUAGUAAUAUCCCGUGAUGAAGAUAGUUGA